AUGUCUAGUGCCCUCUCGGAGCAUCACAUCUUCUCGCCGGGUGCCCUUGUGGAGGUGCAAACGGUAACCACUGAGACGAUAACCGGCGAAGUGCUGGCUUUUGAGUACGAUGAUCGUCUGCUGAUUCUCAAGUCUCAAUCAUCAAAUGGAAGCGUCAAUUCCAGCAACGUCACUUGUCUUAAUCUUGACCUGUGUGGCGCCGUGAAGAUUAUCUCUGAACCGGACGCGGAACGUCUUGCUGCUGAAGGAAUCGUUCCCAAUGCAAAACUACCAGAAAUUGAUCUUAAAAAGCUAGACGAACGACUGGCAAAUGCUAUUUCUGAGCGUCGUCUUCUGGUCGAGGCUUACAAGAAUGGCGCAGGACUUGAAGGCGUAUCACUCUACACUCGUCUUCAAAAGACUGUCGGCGAAAGCUUUGGCAUUUCUUGGGACCGCGACAGUAUUAUCAUCGGCAAGAACAUACGCAUUGCAAAGCCGUACACUGCCGAUUGCAUUAGCUUUUUCAAUACCGGUCCAAAGCCACCGCCAAACUUGAAGACGUCGCUCAACUACGCAAAACAGCUGGUUGAAAAAUACUGGAACGAUCAGAAUAAAGCCUCCUACAAUCUGACUCCGCUACCCAGUGGUGGAUCACCACAAGCGCGGAGCACUACUACUAGCGAAUGA